UCAGGACCUCCACUGUCUGUCUGAUAUUGAGGAGUCACAGUGAGGAUUUACACAAGUGUGAGUGAGGAGGAUCAGGUCUUUCUGAGUUUGACUCGUGUGAGAAAAGUGGACCGGAGGAGACAAACACAAGCACCGUUUCCCACGGACUAAUCUCCCCAAGAGGGCGGGGGUUGGGUGUUUUUUUUUUUUUUUUUCAAGGGGUACCACUCAUUCACACAUACACACACACACACACACACACACACUUCCUCAGCUCAGCAGCAUCCUGAGCAGGUCUUUCCACUGCAAACACUAGUAUUUGAGCAGCAGCAGCAGCAGCAGCAGCAGCACUGUGGAGCUCACCAUGCCGAGCAAGAGCCAGUAUCUGCGGCCCCGGCUGUGCACGCUGGACAAGGGGGACAACGGCUACGGCUUCCACCUCCACGGGGAGAAAGGUAAGACAGGCCAGUUCAUCCGGUUAGUGGAGCCCGACAGCCCGGCGGAGACCUCGGGGCUCCGCGCCGGAGACCGGCUGGUGUUCGUGAACGGGGAUGACGUGGAGAACGAGAGCCACCAGCAGGUCGUGUCCCGGAUACGAGCCACCAUGGGCCGGCUGGAGCUGGUGGUGGUGGACCCGGACACGGAGCAGCUGCUGAAGAAACACAACAUCAAGUGUCUGAAGGAGUUUGUCACUGACGGGGUCCCGUUACCCUUCGACGAGGAGGAGGAGGAGGAGGAGGAGGUAGUGGUGGUGGAGGAGCAGGACGGGACGGGAAACAGGGAUGAGCGGGACACCAAGGUGGAGGAGGCUGAGGAGGAGGAGGAGGUGCAGGAGGAGGAGGAGGAGCGGCGGCAGGAGACACCCAGGGAGUCCACGCCGGUCCCGGAGAGUAACGGAGAAAUCCACGUGCACGUCGAGAAAAAGCUGAGCAUCAACUCAGAGAAGGAGGUGUUGUGCACUGAACUGCGGCCACGUCUCUGUGUGAUCCAGCGAGGGCCCAACGGAUAUGGCUUCAACCUGCACAGCGAGCGGGCGCGGCCGGGCCAGUACAUCAGAGCCGUGGAUGAAGACUCUCCAGCAGAGAGUGCAGGCCUGCUGCCCAAGGACAGGAUAGUACAGGUGAACAGUCUCCCAGUAGAUGGGAAGACACAUUCAGAAGUCGUGGCGGCCAUUAAAGCCGGUGGGAGCGAGGUGCGUUUGCUGGUGGUGGACCCCGACACAGACGCCUUCUUCAAGAAAUGCAGAGUGACCCCCAGCUUGGACCACCUCACCGGUCCACUGCCGGAGCCAGUCAUUAAUGGAGGAAUGGAGGAGAAGGUGAAUGGUAGAGCGGCCAGAGAGGCAGAGAGGGACUCAAAGCUGUCCGUCAGUCCUUCACCAUCCAACGCAUCGUCCAACACCUCGCUCACAACCCCGCAGGCAAACACCCCACCUGAGGGUUUUGUCGCGGACGCCAUCCCAGCACUGAACCUGAGCCUGCAGCAGGUCAAAGAGCUCGCCCACCAGAAACGCUCCAACAAGAGAGCCCCGCCCAUGGACUGGACCAAGAAAAAUGAACUCUUCAGCAACCUAUAGGGCACCUCAGCUCAACACACACACAUACAGAUUUUAUAGUGGUUCUUACACAUCACAAAGACAUUUUUUUAUUGUCAUGACAUUAGAGGAGCAGUUUGGCAUCAGACAAAUCAUUCUGUAAAAUAUAGUAUUCUUAUUAUUACUACUCUCCAUGUUAUUUUAACCCAGAUAUUAUAUAUGUAUAAUGUGCUACUAACAAUGGAAGAUGCGUAUGCCAAUGAAAGAAAACUGGACCCUGUUGAAAAUGUGUUUAUGCAUGUGUUUCUUUGUGUGUGCGAGUGUGUGUGAGUGGAGUCUAACGCCUGUGGAAAUGAGGAGGAGUUUAUCAUUACGUUAUAUUACGUUAAGUUUAACGACCCUCCUCCUCGGCCUGCUUAUCAGUCUUUUAAAAGUUUCUACUAACAUUUAAAAACAUCAUAAUGUCUUCAACGACAGGAGUUAAACAGCCCGACAAUCAGUGCAUCAUAGUUUACCUUUUUAUUAGUUAGUAGGGAUCAAACAUCUGACUGAACAGUAAUGUUUUUAUUGGUUUAGAUUAGAGUUUACAUGUUAAAGCCCAUUUUUGUGGUAUCUUAAAAAAAAGUAUAUGAUCCCAAAAUAAGGUAAACACCAUUGCAUUCCUCAUAAAAUGAUUCCUUAUACAUAUGAACUUCCUUACUGAUGGCUUUAAACUGGAAAGAACUGUGUUUUAUAGAGGGUUCUCUUAUAAUGUAUGUAUAUUCAUAUAUCAUAUGUAUAUUUUUACACACAAAUUCCUCUCUCUCAAAAAAUUGAGUCCAGCUUAACCGUUUCUUGCUAUAGUACUGUCUGCCAUUUAUCCAUACUUUUUCUGAAUACAUGAUAUAUCUUUUAUUAAAUGUGAACUACAGUUUAUUAUGAGUAACUUAUACCGUCCUCACUUUGCCAUCAUGUCCACUGUGAAUGGCCGUUCAGUUCACAUUUUGAGCAUAUGGAAUAUUUUUAUCGCUCUUGUGAAAAAGAAAAAAAAACAGAUUUUUACACAUUUCUGUCAAUGUCUUAAAGCAAUAGUUACGUAACUUUGAGAUGUCGUAUUUCUAAAAGUUUGUGCUUUGCUAGAUUUGAAGCAUAUGUCCAGUAUUGAGAAUAGUGAUGAUUUUUAAAAAAACAUGAAUGAUUGAAUUAUAUGAAGAGUUUUUUUGUAGCUUGUGUAUGAAGUAAUUUCUAGACUGCAAUAAAUGAGUCAUCACAACAACAUUACCCAGUUGGUUUUUAUUCAGUUAUAAGCGGGAAAUAAAUACAAUCUCUGGUGUGCUACACAAACUUAAGCCAAUGCUGCUGAUGCUGUAAUACAUUUUGUUGGUCACUGAAAAAUAAUGCCUGCUCAAUAAUUAAAGUGGCACACUGUAAAAAAUAAUCUGUUUAAUUUACGGUAAAAUACCGGCAGCUGUGGUUGCCAGAACUUCUCCGUAAAAAAAUUACAGUGAGUGGAUUUUCUAUUCUAAAUUUAAAUGUAAAUAUCAGCAAAAACUGUAAUUUAGUCUGAAUAAUCCUGUUAUUUUUAGGGUAAUUGUGUCAUUCAUUCACACAUCAUGGUAUUUCUCCAUAAAUUUUGCAUGAAAAUGUUAUAUUUUACCUAAAAACUGUGUUACCUCCAGUUUAUGACAGAAAAAAAGUAAAAGUUUUGUGCUAUUCUUUGAUUUAGGGUAAUUAAAAGGGUCUAAUACAGUGAUAUACAAUUUUUCAUUUUAUGCCCUAUUUCUGAUGUAUUUGACAGAGUUUUACUGUUAUUUCUACAAACCUUUUUUAAAGUGCACCAAGGAAAAUAGUGAAAUAUGGUAAUAAUCUCUGAAUGUGGCAAUAUUACGCUGUUCUACACAGUUCAGCUGAUGCAUUGUAUCAUAACUUGCUUUAUCAAAAUGUAUUUCAUGGCAUUGUUGAAUAUGUGAUUCUGAUUGGUCGAUUUCAGGAUUCUUUGGUCUUAUUUCUAAAUAGCAGACCGUUGCUAUAAAAAACCGACCAUUGCUAUGAACGCAGUUCCAACCGGCCGUAGAAUCUGAUGGACUGUUGUUUUAGAGGAAGCAAUAAAAUCAUUUUUAAAUCAAUAAACUAAUUUUAAA